ACUGCAGCAGAAAAAUCCGCUGCAUCGCACAGGAACAGAAAGCAGAGAUCUGGCUGCGAUGUCUGCUCCCUCUGUGUCCGUGUGAGCGAGAAGGAAAUCGGGGAACGGAGCCGCCGGACUCAUCGGGCUCGCAGCGAUGCUUUCUGGUCCCCCCGGAAAUUAUUCCCCCUGCUGAGUACUGAAUUCGGAUAGGGUCUCCGUCUGAACUCCGUCUGGUAACUCCCAUCCAAUGGAAGUAGACAUGAUUGUUUAACCAUUAGUUACCUGGCUGCUGGUUACUUUCUCAAAAGCUUAUACAGCAUCUCACCCUAUCUUGAGAUAAAUCAUCAGUAAUAAGUAAAGAGGUACUUUAAAUUUACAUUUAGUGCCAACUCUCCUUGUGCCAAGAUGGAUGAAGCACCUAACAACAGGACUUCCUUGGCCAAAGGUGCCAAGGACAUCGCAAAGGAAGCCAAGAGGCAUGCUUCCAAAAAUUUCAACAAAGCCGUUGAUCGUGCCUCUGACGAAUACUCUGCCCAACGCAGCUACAACCGCUUCCAAAACGAGGAUGAGGACAACUACAAUGCAUACAAUCAGCCGGACGGCCAAUACGGUGACAACGCAGCCAACGAUGAGGACGGGGCGUCCAGCGACGCAACCGAGGGCCACGACGACGAAGAUGAGAUCUACGAAGGAGAGUACCAAGGCGUGCCGGCCUCCAACAACGAAAAGCUCCGGGACGGCCAGGUGUCUCUGGGCCUAAAGAGCCUCAAGAGCCAAAAGGAACAGGAAAACGAGAGGCAGGCCGACGAGGAGGAGCUGGCUCAGCAGUACGAGCUGAUCAUGCAGGAGUGUGGCCACGGGAGGUUCCAGUGGCAGCUUUUCUUCGUGCUCGGACUGGCGCUCAUGUCUGACGGCGUGGAAGUGUUUGUGGUGGGGUUCGUCCUGCCCAGCGCUGAGACGGACAUGUGCGUCCCCAACUCUGGCGCGGGAUGGCUCGGCAGCAUUGUGUAUCUGGGCAUGAUGUUCGGAGCGUUUUUCUGGGGCGGCCUGUCAGACAAGGUGGGCCGCAAACAGUGCCUGCUCAUAUCCAUGUCCGUCAACGGCUUCUUUGCCUUCCUCUCUUCCUUUGUUCAAGGCUACAGUAUGUUCCUCCUCUGCCGCAUGGUGUCUGGCUUUGGGAUUGGCGGCGCGGUGCCCAUCGUGUUCUCGUACUUUGCGGAGGUCUUGGCCAGGGAGAAGCGGGGCGAGCACCUGAGCUGGCUCUGCAUGUUCUGGAUGAUCGGAGGGAUUUACGCCUCAGCCAUGGCCUGGGCCAUCAUCCCACACUACGGGUGGAGUUUCAGCAUGGGGUCAGCCUACCAGUUCCACAGCUGGAGAGUGUUUGUGGUGGUCUGUGCGCUGCCGUGCGUCUCCGCAGUGGUUGCUCUCACUUUUAUGCCCGAGAGCCCCCGCUUCUUCCUGGAGACGGGGAAACACGACGAGGCCUGGAUGGUUCUCAAACACAUCCACGACACCAACAUGCGGGCCCGAGGAGAGCCUGAGAGAGUCUUCACUGUGAACAGGAUAAAAGUCCCCAAACAGCUGGACGAGCUGGUGGAGAUGCCGAACGAGUCUGCCAACCCAGUGGUUAAGGUCCUCUGCAAGAUCAAGGCUGAGCUCAGAGGGAUCUGGUUGACUUUUAUGAGAUGCUUCAGCCACCCAGUGAAAGAAAACACAAUGAAGCUGGCAGCAGUCUGGUUCACUUUGUCAUUUGGGUUUUACGGGCUGUCGGUGUGGUUCCCGGACGUCAUCAAACACCUUCAGGCUGACGAGUACGCCUCCAGAGUGAAGAUCCAUCACAACGAGCGCAUUGAAGACUUCACCUUCAACUUCACACUGGAGAACCAGAUCCACAGAAAUGGAGUCUUUAUGAACGACAGGUUUCUCAACAUGAAGUUCAAGGCGGUGACGUUUAUAGACUCGUCUUUUAUCAACUGCUAUUUUGAGGACGUUUCCUCAGUGGGAUCCUCCUUCAAAAACUGCACCUUCGUGGACUCUUUCUUUUACAACACCGACGUAGAUGAUGCCAAGUUGACAAAUUCAAGAGUGAUCAACAGCUCCUUCCACCACAACAAAACCGGUUGUCAGAUGACGUUUGACGACGAUUACAGCGCCUACUGGGUCUACUUCGUCAACUUCCUGGGAACGCUGGCCGUGUUGCCGGGGAACAUCGUUUCCGCUCUCCUCAUGGACAAGAUAGGGCGCCUCAGCAUGUUAGGAGGCUCCAUGGUGCUAUCAGGAAUCAGCUGCUUUUUUCUUUGGUUCGGCACCUCUGAGUCCAUGAUGAUCUUCAUGCUCUGUCUCUACAACGGUCUCAGUAUCUCUGCGUGGAACUCCCUGGAUGUAGUUACCACUGAGUUGUACCCUACAGACAGGAGGGGCACAGGAUUUGGCUUCUGUAACGCCAUAUGUAAGUUGGCAGCAGUUCUUGGCAACCUGAUUUUUGGCUCCCUGGUUGGCAUCACCAAGGCAAUUCCUAUUCUCCUGGCGUCAGCUGUUUUGGUUGGUGGUGGACUGGUGGGCCUCCGACUACCAGACACACGUUCCAACGUCCUCAUGUGAACGGCGGCCAAAAAAACAGGUUUACCAGGUUUUUACUCAGCCUACUGAACACUUGGUUUUCAGCUAUUGUUUAUUUAAACAUCACUGAAACAGUUAUUGCUGCCAUUUCCCAAAUGCAUUUCAUUUAAAAGAAACAAUGCUAAGCAUCACAACAACUCAAAAUUACAGGUAAUGAUUGUUCAGUUGAUUCUGAGUAAAAUACCUGGUUAAGAGUCUAAUGCAGUUUUACAGAGAAAGCUUGUAUGGAAAAUUGUCUUACAGAUGCACCAGAUGCCAGUUUAACUUUUUUCCAGAACUGUUGGUGUUUAAAGCAGAAGGCUUCAUGAGUGGAGAUGAAACAGCAGCUCAUUAGCUACAAGCUUUUUCACACAUGCAAGCCACAACGGUGUGUACAAAAGCUGCAAAAGGCUUGGUGUUUCAGCAACCUUUCAUAUCUUCCCCAGUACUGCUCAGAAAGAAAGUAUAUACAGACACAAUUACAUGCUCUAUGACUAGUUAAUGAGUUUGCACUUUGAGAAACAACACGGCUUUUCAAUUAGUGCUGCAAACGAUCACCAAAACAACAUAAUCAUCAAACAUUGGCCUUUAUGUCUCUUAAAUUAUUCAUGCAUAUGCGCCUUGGAAGGCAGAACCUACUUCUGUUGUGCAGUCAUAUUUUGAAAAGUCAGCAGAAAUAAAUAUGGCUGUGAUGAACCAUUUUUUUAAAACUAGCUUAAUAUAUUUUGUUACUUUUCAAAUAAUAAUUUUCCACAUAUUGUUGAAGUAUAUUAAGUUUAUUUUUUAUAUGGUAUCCUACAAUGACAUCAGUAGUGACCGUUAUAUUAAUAUCGCAAAUGUUCAUCAAGAAACCAAAGAAGAUUUAUUAGAAGUUGGAUAGAUUAAAAUGACAAGAGAUGACUAAUAGCGUCAGUCUUCUUACAAAACCUUUACAUUAACAGCUGCUCUGUUUUAUUAUUCAUUUAUUAUUUAUUUGUCAUAGCAGGAGCAGCUGUUAUGGUCAAAAUAAAAUCAAUAUAACAAAACUUCUCCAAAGCGGUUCUUUAUAAGGAACCUCUAGAGUAAAUUCCAUAUGCAGAAAUUGAGCUUUCAUAGUUUUGCACUGAUGUAGCAUCUCAUCAUUUGAAAAGACGUGAAAGUUACAGUUUGGUGAAAAGAGAGACUUUUCCACAUGUCUCUAUGUUCAACAGCCUGGCAAAGUGUUUACUGGCUGCUGGAGCUCCGUGAGUGAACGUUGCUGUAACCUGGUGCUUUUGCAUAGUACACUGCUGCUCUAGUGUGACACCCAGUGGUUGUUUUCUAGAAUUGCACGUUAUGCCCUCAGAUUUGAAAAAAAUAAACUAAAAGUAAAAAAAAUCCAAACUAGACCCUGGAAAAUUCAACCUGAAGUUAUGAUUAAAAGAAAGUACACGACUGAAAUUCAAGGGUUUUACUCUGUUGACGUAUUAGAGUCAUUGUAGAUUAAGUUCAGAAAUUUUCUACAAGAAAAUAAAACAAAACAAAAAAGGAAAUUACUGAGUUUGAAAAGUCAAAAAUAUGCAACUUUGGAAAUUUGCUGAGUUUCAAAAGUUGCAAAUGUUUGACUUUUGGAUCUUAGAAAUUGUUUCUAGAAAACUUGUUCAUCUAAAAAUUUCUCCGUUUUUGGGCAGAAUUUUUCUUUGCUUUUUCUAUUUGUAAGGACUCAAAUACACCAUCUUAUUUUUACACAUUUAUGGUGUGUUUUUUUCACAAUCGUUCCCAUUUUGACUUCAUUUGCUUUUGUUUUGUUUUAUGAAUACUGGUGGAGUCAUUUAUGUAUUAAAAUCUUUAAAACUGGGGUGUUGCUACGCUGGAUAACAUGGCGUAUGUUGUUGAGAAUUAUAACAAUCCUUUCAUGUUUCAUGCAAAUCCAACUGCAAGCUCCAAAACCUCUCUUAACAACCUUUCAUAGUUUUAGCAUUGGGCUUCUUGUGCUUCAUUGUGUCUAGUCACCAGUUAGAAACUGGAAAUAUGUUCUACAUACAUUUGGUGAUGAACAUAUAAUGAAAGGUUGACGAUCAUCAAGCAUUUUGACGCAAAUUGCAAGACUGACAAAGUCAUAAGGUAAAAAAAUAAUAAAAUGAAACAAUAAUAAAGUAGUUUAGUCAAAACUGGCAACUUCUGCAGCUACAUUUCUAAAUACUAAAAAAAAGUUUACAUUUUCUGCUUUUUACUGUGGAGACUUUUGGGAGUAGAGUCCUUUUUGUCUGAAUGCUUCCUGUCUCUUCCUCUCUUCGUGUCUCUGUACGUGUCGCGGCGUCAAGCUCGCCACGAAGGGCUUCGCUCUUCUGUAAAGAAUCUACGCCACAGGACAUUUCUGUCGGUGUCUAAACUUGUGCUUCUCUUUCUUUCUAUCUUUCUCCUGUCGGUUUGCUCACGGUGUCUCUUGGUCCUCUGUGUCCUGUGUUGACCUCCUCUGCCUUGCUGCUGCUCCCUGUGAAACUCAAAAGCCUUUCUCUGAACUUGUGCCUCUCUCUCUGUCUAGCCCAGCUCUUCUUCCAAACCUCUGCUGGAUGCUUUGCUGCUCUUUCUUGCUUUUAUUUCCUCCUUUGGUUCCUUAUUGAUGUGUGUGUGCGUGAAGGUUCUGACACUCAAAUUUUUUCCUUUGUUUUUUAACCAUUCAAGUGUGCUGUACAAAAGGUUUAGCUAACAUCCUUUACCAACAAUAAAAGCCAUGUCUAUGCUGUUAGCUCUCAAAAAUUUUAGCAGAUUAUAUUUGCUAAACGGCCGACUGUUUAAGUCUGUUGUGCAAUUUUUAUUUUUAUGUUUAGAUCUCAGCACAAUGAGAGCAAAUGUUUCAACGGUCUGCGAGUCUCAAGCAAGUAAAUAAUUUUAGAAAUGGUGUUUUGAAGUUUUAGGAGUUUCCUCUAGAUAACCGUAACAACUCAAUUUGAAACGCUGCUAAUGUACUCUUUCUAGAGGGAUACCUCCAUUUUUAUUGUAUGGAGGGCAUUUGAGCAAACUAAAAUGAUCAACAGCAUCGUCUGAACGUCAUGCUUGCUGCUAUGCUAACAGUACUUCGAUUGUGCAAUGGGAUUUAAGGAUAAACCCUCAUAUCUGGAAAUGUUCAGUAACACAAUGCAUUUCCCAAUUUGGUAGUGCUUUCAUUCUUAAUAGUUUAUUUAUUUAUUUGUCAUUAAUAAAUCCUACUACAGCAUGUUAGGGCCAUGGUAGUUAGAAAAAACGGGAGCAUAUUUCCAUCAAAACACUCGGAAAUUUUGAGAUUAAUGUUAGAAAUUUUAUAGAAAAGUGAAGAAAUUUGUGAGGUCCAGUAAGUCGAACAUUGCAAGGAAAAACUCAGAAAGUUUUGACUUUUCAAAGUUUUCUCUGAAUUUUUUGGCGUAAAUUUACUCCUUCGCCUAUAAUGGCCCUAGUAAAUUGGACGGCUUUUCUGUCUUUAGGUGUUUUACCAGAUUUAAAAACUUCUCUUUACCGCGUUUAGCGCUUUUUACCCUUGCAGCUCCGACUUGUGCCGAACAAACGUCUCACAAAAAUCCUGCAUGUUUGUUACUAAAGUCUCCAUGUUGUGUGUGUGUCCCCCCCCCUCUCGCUCUCCAGCCAUUUUUCUGUAUCUUCGUUGUUCCUCUGUGCGGGUUAGGAGACGCGUUUUCCCGGGUUAAUGAAUGUACCGCUGCUGCGUGUCGUCAGAUGUGUUGUGGACGGAUGCCCACGAAGCCGUGAGAGCGCGUGCUGGCGCUAAAAAUGUACGUCCCGCAAACUGUUCACCCAGCAGAGAUGCUCGAAUCUGCGUCCAGAGAGUUUUUAGUUAGACGAAUUAUAACAUUUGGGAGCCGGAAAUGUUGUUGCCGGAAUUGAGCAACAAGUUACGGCAAGCGUCAGAUUCGAGGACCUUUGCUGCCGAACAAAGUUUGGGAUUGUGUGUAAAACAAUUUACGUGUCCUUGACAUGAUUUAUUUUGAUAAGAAAAGAGAAUGAGGCGUUAAAGAUGGAUUCCACAAACUGAAUAAAGAGUUUCAUUUGAA